AUGCCUGCCCAUCUAUCUAUCUACGUAGAGAUUAUAACCGAACAAAUUGAAGAAGAAGGACGAUUUGAUGUUUCAAUUUGCGUCAAUCAAAUUAUACGCAAAUAUCUGGCAAAAGAUUACUUGAAAAACUCAUCAACUGUCUUUCUCAAUCUCCUACCGAACGAUGAAACAGGUUCGAUGAUGGUUCAACAACGUAUACUGAAAUUAUUGAAUGAGGAUGAGACACAUCAGGUGAAUAUGAUCAUCAAGGAUGACAGUCCGCCUCCUGAUCGAACAGGUGCUGAGCCACGCGCGCGAGAGAAAGCAAAAAAUUAUUUAAUUCUUGUCACAUUCCCAACGGAAAUUGUCGAAAAUAUUAAAAAACUACAGAAGCAUGAAACGUGGAAUCAUGAAGCGAAAUUCAUUGUCGUUGUAACUGAGCGAUUUGCGGAUCAAUUUGAAAUGGAAGUGGUCGUGUCGGGAACAUUCAAACUAUUUUUUGAUUACUCAAUCCUGAAUGUGUUUGUCCUCAUUCAAAACCUGGAUCGAGACAAUUUAAUACAAACAUUCAUAUGGUACCCGUACGAUGGCAACUCGUGCUCGAAUAUUUUGAGCUACAAUAAUUUGGAAACUAUUGACGAGUGUGAAACAUUCAAUGCCACUGAUUACGAGGAGGGUAAAAAUUUUGAGUUACGCCAAUUAAUACCUGAAUUGCCAUCUCGAUUACCACACAAAUUUCACGGAUGUCCAAUGGUGAUAACGACAAACAUUUGGGAGCCGUUUGUUUAUGGAAGUCGUGAGGAUGUUGAGGAUGGCAUUGAGAUUAAAUUAAUAAGAACAAUUUCCGAAAAGCUUGACAUGAAAUCAAUUUUCAAAGUAAUUGACGAUGCAAAGGCAUUUGCCUUUAUAACAGAAGACGAAGACACUGGAUUUUAUGCAGACUUAAUAAGACGUAAAGUUGAUGUGAUGAUUGGUGGAUUAUAUGAUAACGAUGUAAGUAGGAAGUUAUUAAGUACAACAAUUCCCUAUCUUGGCGAUGAAAUGACUUGGUGCGUGAGGAAGAGUGAACUUGCGCCAAAUUGGAUGAACAUAUUCAUAAUUUUUGAUGUAAUGAUGUGGAUUUAUGUAUGGCUAACAAUUCUUUUAGCGACUAUAUUCAUGUACAACUUUGUUCGCAUAGAGAAUCGUCGCAAUGAGAAUAUUUUCUGGUCAUUUGUGAUCACUUUGUGCCUUGGAUUUGGUAUUUGUGCACAUUAUGAGCCGCGACGUGGUUUUCUUCGCUUUUUCAUUGCCUGCAUGCUAUUCUUUGGUUUGAAUUUUGCUGCCGCAUAUCAAAGCUUCCUGUUAAGUGUAUUAACAACACCGCGUUAUGAUCAUCAGGUGGCCACAAUUCAUGAAGCUAUUCAUGGACAUUAUAAGUUCACUGGCGCUGAAAAUUUAAAAGCUCGGUUCAACGAAUUAAGUGAUGAUUCCGCUAUUUUCUUGCAAAGCCAUUAUAAAUCAUGUUAUGACAUGGACAGAUGUUUGUUGGACAUAAAAUCUGAUGGUAAACUAGCAUUUGCGAUAUCAAGAGCACAUGCAAUGAAUGCAAAAGUUCCAGUCAGCGACCAGGAAAUUUUUUGUUUUGAAAAAGCUCAUAACAUCUUCAGUUUCUCCGUUGUUAUGCUGUUCAAAAAGGAUCACCAUCUGCUGCCUAUGGUCAAUACACUCAUUCGUAGAAUUACCGAAUCAGGUUUCAUCCUCAAAUGGCAAUCGGAUUGUGAGUCAAUAAAAUUUCAGGAGAACCUUGCACGCCACCGCAAUGACGAUGCUACUGUCAAUCGUGCUAUAAAUCUUGACCAGUUGAUCGGAUUAUAUGGACUCGGUGCAUUCGGAGUUAGUCUUGCCACACUAGCAUUUGGCUUUGAAUGGAUAAUCUAUUAUCUAGCACAUAAAAAGAAAAUUAAAUUUGUACGAUUUAUUGAGGCUAAAAUGUUUAAAGUUUAGGUUUUAAAAAAUUUAUAGCAUCAAGAUUAUUUUGUGUCACUUCAAAUUUAUUAAUAUUAAUUUUAAUAACUUAUGCAUGUUUAUCACUGCAAUAUUUUAUAAACAAUGUCAGACUAUACAAGAGAUUUUCUGUUCCUCUUUAUGCUUUUUUUU